AUGGUAGAUAGCAGUGAACUAAAAUUCAUAACAAAAGUCAUUCGACACAAAUCUCGUCUUUGUCAUCGACGAACAUAUUCAUCCAUCUUGCCUGGUCCAAGCAAUACAUUCGAACCUCUGAAGAUUCAAGUUAUUGAACCAUUACACAAAAGCGUUAAAUUCUGUCCUCCAUUGUCAUCGUCGUCAAAUGAUGAAUUCAUUCCAACCAACAUCCCUUCCUACCGUAACUCCAACCUCAAAAAUACUUAUCCUUUGGACCAUACCAAUCACCCAAGGAGAGUCAAAACACAUCCACACCCACAUACAUCUCAUUCUAUGAGUACACUUUUCGAAAUAAAGUAUCAUUACUUUUCACCGAAUCCAUCGUAUCCACCUUCAGCAGGAUAUGAGUACGAGGGUGCCCACAACCAUCUGCAAAAUCGACCGAGAUUUAGGAUAUGUGGGAAAGAAUGGAGUACGAGAAAGAGCGUAACACAAUUGAUUUUCUACUGGGAAACGGUAUUCUUGAUUGGAGCCAAGGCGGCCAGGAGAUGUGCAGGAUGGGGACGUACAUUUUGA